UGAGUGGUCUCCUCCUCCGGCGGGCGCUGCGGCGGCCUCCCGAGAGUGUCGCGGGACUGCCGGGCGGGCGUGGAGCUGUCUGCACGACCCCUGAGUGGCGGGCUAGAGGCCCGAGCCUAAAAAGGGCACAGGCGUUCUGAAACAAAGCUUUGGACCACUUGAUACCGGGACUAAGAUUCCAGAUGGCAAAUUCUAUGAAUGGCAGAAAUCCUGGUGGUCGAGGAGGAAACCCCCGCAAAGGUCGCAUUUUGGGGAUUAUUGAUGCUAUUCAGGAUGCAGUCGGACCCCCAAAGCAAGCCGCAGCUGACCGCAGGACUGUGGAGAAGACUUGGAAACUCAUGGACAAAGUGGUAAGACUGUGCCAAAAUCCUAAGCUUCAGUUGAAAAACAGCCCACCGUAUAUACUUGAUAUUUUACCUGAUACGUAUCAGCACUUGAGACUUAUAUUGAGUAAAUAUGAUGACAACCAGAAGCUGGCUCAGCUGAGCGAGAAUGAGUACUUUAAAAUCUACAUCGAUAGUCUCAUGAAGAAGUCGAAGCGAGCGAUCCGGCUCUUUAAAGAAGGCAAGGAAAGGAUGUACGAAGAGCAGUCGCAGGACAGACGGAAUCUCACAAAGCUGUCCCUUAUCUUCAGUCACAUGCUGGCAGAAAUCAAGGCGAUCUUUCCCAAUGGCCAAUUCCAGGGAGAUAACUUCCGGAUCACCAAAGCAGAUGCUGCUGAGUUCUGGAGGAAGUUUUUUGGAGACAAAACUAUUGUACCAUGGAAAGUCUUCAGACAGUGCCUGCAUGAGGUCCAUCAGAUCAGCUCUGGCCUGGAAGCAAUGGCUCUGAAGUCAACCAUUGAUUUAACUUGCAAUGAUUACAUCUCAGUGUUUGAAUUUGAUAUUUUUACCAGGCUAUUUCAGCCCUGGGGCUCUAUUUUACGGAAUUGGAACUUCUUAGCUGUGACUCACCCGGGAUACAUGGCGUUUCUCACGUAUGAUGAAGUUAAAGCUCGGCUACAGAAAUACAGCACCAAGCCUGGAAGUUACAUUUUCCGGUUAAGCUGCACUCGACUGGGACAAUGGGCCAUUGGCUAUGUGACUGGGGACGGCAAUAUCCUACAAACCAUACCUCAUAACAAGCCCCUGUUUCAAGCCCUGAUUGAUGGUAGCAGGGAAGGCUUUUAUCUUUAUCCUGAUGGGCGAAGCUAUAACCCUGAUUUAACCGGAUUAUGUGAACCUACACCUCACGAUCAUAUAAAAGUUACACAGGAACAGUAUGAACUGUAUUGUGAAAUGGGCUCCACUUUUCAGCUCUGCAAGAUCUGUGCAGAGAAUGACAAAGAUGUCAAGAUUGAGCCUUGCGGGCAUCUGAUGUGCACUUCGUGCCUUACUGCGUGGCAGGAGUCUGAUGGCCAAGGCUGCCCCUUCUGUCGCUGUGAGAUAAAAGGAACUGAGCCCAUCAUUGUGGAUCCCUUCGACCCCAGAGAUGAAGGCUCCAGGUGCUGCAGCAUCAUUGACCCUUUCAGCAUCCCCAUGCUUGACUUAGAUGAUGACGAUGAUCGAGAGGAGUCUUUGAUGAUGAACAGGCUGGCGAGUGUUCGAAAGUGCACGGACAGGCAGAACUCACCAGUCACAUCACCAGGCUCCUCACCGCUUGCCCAGAGAAGAAAGCCUCAGCCAGACCCUCUCCAGAUCCCCCACCUCAGCCUGCCACCAGUGCCUCCCCGCCUAGAUCUCAUUCAGAAAGGCAUCGUGCGCUCUCCGUGUGGCAGCCCCACAGGCUCGCCAAAGUCUUCUCCAUGCAUGGUUAGAAAACAAGACAAACCACUCCCGGCACCCCCUCCUCCCUUGAGAGAUCCUCCUCCGCCGCCAGAGCGGCCUCCCCCCAUCCCACCUGACAAUAGACUGAGCAGACACUUCCACCAUGGAGAGAGUGUGCCUUCCCGGGACCAGCCCAUGCCUCUUGAAGCCUGGUGCCCUCGGGAUGCCUUCGGGACUAACCAGGUGAUGGGAUGUCGAAUCCUCGGGGAUGGCUCUCCAAAGCCUGGCGUCACCGCAAACUCCAGCUUAAAUGGGAGGCACAGUAGAAUGGGCUCCGAGCAGGUUCUCAUGAGGAAACACAGACGCCACGAUUUGCCUUCAGAAGGAGCCAAGGUCUUUUCCAAUGGCCACCUUGCCACUGAAGAAUACGAUGUCCCUCCUCGGCUUUCCCCUCCGCCUCCAGUUACCACCCUUCUCCCAAGCAUAAAGUGUACUGGUCCAUUAGCAAAUUGUCUCUCAGAGAAAACUAGAGGCACCGUAGAAGAUGAUGACGAUGAAUACAAGAUUCCUUCAUCCCAUCCUGUUUCCCUGAAUUCACAACCAUCUCAUUGCCAUAAUGUCAAAGCUCCUGUUCGGUCUUGUGAUAAUGGUCACUGUAUAUUGAAUGGAACUCAUGGUACGCCUUCAGAGAUGAAGAAAUCAAACAUCCCAGAUUUAGGCAUCUAUUUGAAGGGUGAAGAUGCCUUUGAUGCUCUCCCUCCAUCCCUCCCUCCUCCUCCACCUCCUGCAAGACACAGUCUCAUCGAACAUUCAAAACCUCCAGGCUCCAGUAGCCGGCCUUCCUCAGGGCAGGACCUUUUCCUUCUUCCUUCAGAUCCCUUUUUUGACCCAACAAGUGGCCAAGUUCCAUUGCCUCCUGCCAGGAGAGCAGCAGGAGACAGCGGCAAAGCCAACAGAGCCUCGCAGGACUAUGACCAGCUCCCUUCAGCUUCCGAUGGUUCGCAAGCACCAGCUAGACCCCCCAAACCACGACCCCGAAGGACUGCACCAGAAAUUCAUCACAGAAAGCCCCAUGGGCCCGAAGCGGCGUUGGAAAAUGUCGAUGCAAAAAUUGCAAAACUCAUGGGAGAGGGGUAUGCCUUUGAAGAGGUGAAGAGAGCCUUAGAGAUUGCCCAGAAUAACGUGGAAGUGGCCAGGAGCAUACUUCGAGAAUUUGCCUUCCCCCCUCCUGUCUCCCCACGUCUGAAUCUAUAGCAGCCAGAACUGCAACCACCAAAGGGCAGUUAACAAAUAUUCCAGGAGUAUGGGACAGAAGGACUGAGAUGGAAUGCAGGAGCCACGGUGUCCUUCCGUGUGGCUUCCCCAGAAGGCAGCCUGGAGUCCAGCUUCUCUGGUUCCACAGCUCUCUUAGGAUGCCCACACUGAAGCUUCUGUGUUUGUGCUAGCCAUACUUUGAAAUCAGGGUUGAACUGAUAAAAUAAUUUAAAGACGUUUACUCCCCCUUGAACUUUGAAUCUGUGAAAUGCUUUUCCUUGUUUACACGUUGGCAGAAUUGCAGUUUGUCUCUGUUUUUGAUCCCUGUACUGUGUUCCUGACAGGCCCUUUGCAGAGUUGCUCAGGUCUGCUGUAAGUUUCUCCAUGCCUGCCCUGGUGCCCACAUCAGCAGCUAAACCAUCUCUUUGUGUUGCUCUCUAUCCGGUCCCCAUCUCAUGUCCCCAGGUCCAGUUCCAUUUCUCCCAUUCACACGGCACGCUAGUCUGAAGGUCCUGAUUUUUCAGUGUUUCAAACUAAUGCAGAAAGAAAAAGGAAAAUGUGUGUGGUCUUGUCUUCACUACUGAGUCUUUUCUUUGGGAACCAUCACUGUUGAGAGGUGGGGGAAAACCUGAAUGUAAAAAGCAUUUAUUUGUCAAUAAACUGCCUUUUGUAAGGGGUUUUUAUAUACUAUAAAAGAGCUUCUCUUGUUAGUUUAAGUUCUGUGACCUUUAGGUUCCCAAACUCUCCCUCUCAUCCACCCAGGAGUGUCAUAAUGCUGUAAAAGUGACUGCUGCAGAUGCAGGGAAAACAGGCUUGCAGGAGACUGCUUAUACUCCAGUACCAUAAUGAGAUGCCCUGAUAUUUAUGCCUGCAUCACUUUCAGGAGAGAUGGAAAAGGGAACCACCGUCUGGAAAUAUGUUAAUAUGCCUUUAGAUAAGGUCAUGGACAUACAUGCCUUUCCCAAGUGGAAUAGAGCACAUUUUCUAUUUUAUGAUGUCACCCUGGCUCUUCACAGUGUGGGAGCCCCCUAAGGCACUGACGACUGUUAUGUAUCACUGCAACUGCAGGCCUUGCAAGUUACUAAACUCUUAGUACCCUUUCUCCACUCAUGGUAGGAGUCCUGUUUACUCUGUGGGUUUUGUUGUUGACUGCUCUGUGUUGCCCCCAUCCAGGCAGAUGAAACUGUGGUUACUUCUAAUCUAUGGAUAUCUUUUGACCAUCUGUAAUGUGCUUUGCACUCUUGUGGCCUUUGAAAGCACAAACUCUCACACAUGGACUCCAUCAUAUUAUUUGUAUAGAUGCGUUUGGUGGUAAAUGUCUCCAGUCUGAUGGAUGAAGCUUCAAAGAUUGGUGUAAGGACGUUAGACCUCUGUGGCAAUUUCAGGUUGUUGGGUUGGGUUGGAGUUUUUGUUUGUUUGUUUUUUUGUUUUUGUUUUGUUUUGUAUCCCUAAUAGUAGGGGGGGAGAAUAAAAACUAUCUCUGUGCAAAAAUGCUUGAACCACAUUUUGAUAGUUUCUAAACAUUGAUUUAGGCUUAGGCUUGUGUGGAUGUUUCUUACCAUUCGUUACUCCACACCUAGUCUCACAUACAUAAAUGGCUUGGAUAACCAUUUAUCCUGACAAAUGACAAGAUAGUACAUCAGACAGAUCCAAUGGAGCUGCCAUUGUACAAGACUCAUGGACAAAGCUGUGUUUGUCCAGGAAGGGAACCCAGCACAUUCUUUUACAGUUUGGCUUUCAUGGAAUGAGACAGGAUGUGAGGACUCGUAGUCUGCGUAUUUUAGGUUUGUUUGGAUGGUCCUAUGUUGCUUCUGCUACCAGAGGUGUAUUUUUUUUAAUGUUUUCCAAUCCUAUACCUGGGAGGAGGUAUGAAUACAGGUUUUUUUUUUAAUACUUUCUACAAUUGGCUGUUUGUUGUUUUCUUAUCUGCUCUUACGUUCUGUACUUGUUUUAUAAGUUCUGAUGUCAUACUGUACAGUGCUGUGUAUGUUGGGCUUCACGUAGCUUGCCAGCAAUCAGCAUAGCCUAAAACCUAGAGUUGCCCCUUUGUUGUCCUUACACUGUUAAAACACCAUUAAAGGAGGAGGGGGUAGGUUUACAACAGGAACACUGGGACCCACAGCAUAUUCGCCUACACUCUCAGAAAGUACUAGAGAUUUUCCUCCAGAAUUUAAAAGCAAAGGGUGUGCUGACACAGUUUAUUGGAACCUGAAGUUUUGGCAGGGUAGGGAAGUGUAAAUAAUUUUCUGGAUUUUUCCAAGAUCCCUACUGCAGCCAUUCAGUAGCCACUGUUGGUUUUCUCAUCAAGGACAGUGAAUCUUAGGAGUCAUAUGUAAGACAAAGCAAAGAGAAAAUGGGAAAACUCACAAAAUUUAUUAGAAAAAAAUGUUGAAAUUAUUUUUCAUUUUGAAAGGGACUACUACUUAAUAGUUGCUAACUAACACAAUGCUCCACACUUUGUUCCCUCUGAUCCAGAAAUUGAGGUGCUCCCCCUCCCAUACUCAAGAUCUGAUAAUAGAAUUACCCUUAAUCCAAUAUCUUAUAUAGUCUACACAAUUAAAACAAACCAUGGCUAAUUGUAACCCCUACCUGGGAUCAAUCUCCAAUGAUAUCCAAGUCAUUGUUUUUCUAGAACUGGGGAGUUAUUUUUUUCCUUUUCCUUUUAUCCUCCCCACCCCCAAGAUAUAUAUCACAGCCAAAUUUUCUGGAAACAAAUGCUGGAAUUUUGAUGCUUAACUUAUCUUGAUCCCACAAUUCCAGUAGAUAACCCUUUUCCACGUUCUCCCUCCCCACAGGACAACAGAGCCCUCACUACAACCUUCAGAGGUCUGUUUGCUAACUCAGUAUUUCACACAACCAGGACACAUGCAGAGCUCUUCAUAAUGUGAACUUGCUAAUUGUUCAGUUCCAGAAGCAUUUCCUGCAGUUUGAACGUGACUUUGCCUCUCCAAUUUUCAACUUGAAGCCUUAGUUUGCACUGAAUUGUCUCAUCUGGUUUUAAAAUGUCUCAAAUGGACUGAUUUGGAAUCAAAAUGUGGUAUAUUUUAAAUAUUGAUGCAGGUACUUUCUGUAAGCCUGAAAUGUUGAGCUUCGAAGGAGACUUUCUGGAAAAAGACAGCAAUAGAAAGUUUUCUUCUCAGUUCCUAUUUUUAUUGUUUUGAAAUGCAGUUUUUACGACUUGUCUAACGUGGCAAAAUAGCUAUGUGUUCAAUUAAUUUAUAUUUUAUUCAUUCUUUUUUCAAUUCUAGAUAUGUAACCUCAAGUACUUUAUCUGUCCUUUUAAGGUAUUUUAUAAAAUGAAUGUUAACAAA